AUGGUUGAUAGAGGGAACGAGGGGGAUAUGGAGGUCGAUGAACGUGAAUUCUUGGCCUCACGGGAGGGUGCCUGCUCGGAGGAUCAGGGGACUUCAAUUUCGAAAGGACAAGUGCGCAAUGUCGCAGACAAGUUCGUGUUUCUACAAGGACCCGAAACGAAGUUUGCCCAUUUUCUUCGUUUUGGACAUUCAACAAAUGCCUACUCAUCUGGAAGUCGGGAUUUGGAAACUAAGGAUGCAGAGUGUGUUUUAGAAUUAAUCAGAAAUGGAAAAGGGUUGAGAGUUGUAGAAAUGAUUAAAGGAUUUUCCGAAGAACACCUCGCUUACAAACAGGACUAUAUAAUCUACGCAUUGGCAAUUUGCUGCAGAUCCAGUGAGACAGAUGCAAGCACAAAACGAGCUGGCUACGAUGUCCUCUCGCAAGUAUGUAAAAUACCAACUCAUUUAUUCAAAUUUGUUGACUAUUGCCAGAAAAUCAGCAUAGAACAAUCUUCAAAAUCUGGAUGGGGAAGAACACAUCGUAAAGCAAUAAGCAACUGGUACAUAAAACAUGCAGAUGUAGAGGACCAUCUAACAUUAAUGGCAUAUCAUCUAUAUCAUCUGACAAAAUACAGAAGACGGAAAGGGUGGACACAUCGAGAUGUCAUCCGUAAAUCUCAUCUGAAGAUUGAUAAAGAUUUCCCUAGAUUUGUUAACAAUAAACUCUACCCUGCUCUGAAAUAUUUAGUGAUGGUUGCUGUAAAGGGUAAGGAGUUUGCCGAUUCAAAUGAUUUCACUAUUGAACAGCAAGGUCUCAGGGGCUUUAAAUCUUCAGUACUUGCAAAAGUUAUUACUUACAUCGAACAGGUAAAAGAAGCAAGAAAAAAAAGUCAUGAGGACAUUGAGGGACUUUGUAGAUUGAUUUCAAAGCACAGAUUUGUAAGAGAGCAAAUUCCCACCCAUUUCUUAAAUCACAAAGAUGUAUGGAUUGCCUUAUCACGGCAUAUGCCAAUGACAGCGAUGCUCCGCAAUCUAGGAAAGAUGUCACGCUUAGAAUGUCUUACGGAGGGUUCAUUCGGGGAGCAAUUGGUUCUAAGCAAAAUUCAGAAUGAAGAGUUGAUUAUCAGCAGAAAAAUACAUCCUAUGACAUUCAUGGUUGCACUUAACCAAUAUCAGGAGGAAAAGAGUGGAAAUGGGAAAAAAGAAUGGCCUGCUUUAGAAUCUGUGAUAAACGCCCUUAAGGUGGGUUUCGAAAUAUCACUGAAGUGUAUUCCACCAACCAACAAACAUAUACUGUUGUCUUUCGGAGCAACUGAAUCCAUGGUAGAUGAUUCAAAGAAAUGCAUAGGAAUGCCCUCACUUUCAGUCUCGGAAGCAGCAGCUUUCUUAAUAAAACUAACGGCUAAAAGAGAGGAGUCAUGCGAGUUGCUUGUGUUUUCAAGCAACGACUGUCAUCCUAGGUCAGUUGAAGUAGACGAUAGUGAAGAGGAAAUCAUACAUAAAUUAAAGAUGUCUGAUCCCUCACCAACAUCUGAUGUAUCCUUGCCAAUUAAGUAUGCUCUUGAAAAACGGAAAUACGACAUCGACGCUUUUGUAAUCUUAACAGAUUCCAACACUUCUUCGGGAUCUGUGCAUCCUUCUAAAGCAUUCAAAUCUUACUGCGAAACAGUAAAACCAGUAAGAGAAACGGAUCCGCAGUUAGUGGUGUGUGACAUGCUAUCCUCCAGUGUAACGAUUGGGGAUCCAACAGAUGUUAAUACUUUGAAUAUCAGUGGUUUUGACUAUAACGUACCGCGAAUCAUUAAUGAUUUCAUUAGAGGUGACUCUAGAUUUGGAUUUUCGUAGUUGAACUCUGUUGCACAUAAAACAAGUCUUCUUGUACAUGUUGUAUCCCAUACAUUUAGCAGAACCAGACCAUUAAAUUAAGGCUUAAACGAUGGUCGUAACUUCAAGUUUAUAUCGCCAACAUUUAUUUCAUGGAUUUCUCAAACACUCAAACAUUAUUUGUUUUGAGUAUAUUUUGUAAAGAAUUUUUAGGGUCUUUGGCGUGAUGCAAGUUCUCAAGGAAUAAUCGUAUGUUCAUCAUACAAACGGAAGAGAGGAAAUCACCAAUAUUCUAUGUAUUUAAGUAUUUCCUGACUACUGACAGAAUCUGGUGCAUAUUUUAAUUACUCCAGUAAAUUCCAAUACGUACAUCACUAUGAAAUGUUCAUCCUGAUUAAGUAUUCAGAGAAUAUUUUGAAUGGUGAAACAACUCAGAAUAACAGGACCGAACAUUUCCCAAAUGUAGAAUAAUCUGGCUAUCAGAGAUUUUAAAUUGAACAUGUCAUGUGCAUAUAUAGUAAAGAAGAUUACGAAUCCUGGUAUACAGAUGGUUUUGUAUAUAAUUCACAUACAUUUAUGUCAAACGUAUAUUAUGAAGUAAUAACACAGCCUUGCGCGGAUUAAUUUUCAGCUCAUAGCACCUUAAAGUAUCUAGCUAAUGUAUAAAUUGUAUAUGCCUUGUUUUGAACAACUCGGCUAUUGUAUAUGAGAAAUAACACAUGAACAUUUAUAUUUCGUUACUUACUGAGGAAAAGAAAUCGUUGGCUGUUGAAGGAAGCAAACUAGUGCUUGUAUUUAGUAUCGGUAAGGAUUGAACUUUUUGACAAAGCUAUGUGUAUUACUUACAGAAGAAAGCCUUGUUCUAGAGUUAUACUUUUAAUUACUAGUAAGCAUAAUGCUAUAAUUUAAAUAUACUAUGAAAAAUCUUAA